GCGAGCAUUGGGUUACCGGUAGCCAGGAAUUUUCUGACGAUGUCAGCUGACAUCCUGCAGGAUAAAAGUGUGGCCUUGAACGGCAAGAACGACGUACCGGUAGCCCCACAGCCUACUACCAGGGGUGGACUUAGGGUUUAUAAGAUAGUCGUUUUGGGUGACGGCGGUGUUGGUAAAUCAGCUGUCACUCUUCAGUUUGUCAGUCAUAGUUUCAUUGACUACCAUGAUCCAACUAUAGAGGAUUCAUAUCAACAACAAGCAGUUAUAGAUGGAGAGGCUGCACUCUUAGAUAUAUUGGAUACUGCAGGACAGGUGGAAUUUACAGCAAUGCGAGAUCAAUAUAUGAGAUGUGGAGAGGGUUUUAUGAUAUGUUAUUCUGUAACAGAUAGGCAUAGCUUCCAGGAAGCUUUGGAAUAUCGAAAACUGAUAUCACGCGUAAGGGCUAAUGAAGAUAUUCCAUUGGUAUUGAUUGGCAAUAAAUACGAUUUGCAACAUAAAAGAAAGGUAACCACAGAAGAAGGUAAAGCUCUUGCUGAACAACUUGAUUGCCCUUUUUAUGAAACAUCCGCGGCUCUUAGACAAUUCAUAGAUGAUGCGUUUUAUUCGUUAGUCAGGCAAAUUCGUGCUAAAGAAAGGUCACGCAAUUCAAUACGUAAACACAGUCGCUGGUGGCGGUUGCGAUCAAUUUUUGCCUUCAUUUUCAGGAGAAAACAAAGACACAGCAACAAUCAUCACAAUUCCCCUUGAAUGUGAUCGUUCUA